UGGCGUAUAAACACUUUAUUUUCAUUUUAAAUGUAAAAAUAAGCAUAAAUAAAGACAAUGACUUUUAAACAUUACAACUUCAUUCAUUAAAAAAGAUAAACAAACUUUACGUUUCCCGCUAUUUUUUAACAUAGAAAUCGUACGGAUUUUGGUAAGUAAGUAAUCGGGGAUUAAACACUUACAAAAAGUAUGUAACAUUAUAAAAAUAUGCAAGUAAAGUAAUGUUGUAAAAAAGAAUAAUUGAAUGAAGUUAUAACCGUUAAUAUUUUUAAAAAUAACUCCGAAAUGCUUUUUUUAUGAUAACAUUUAUUUUUAGUUUAAAUAAAGAUGAAAAGGGGUUUUAGCUUAAUUACCCGAGGAAAAAGAAUUAGCGUAAGAUAAUUUAAAAGUUAGUUCAUUUUAAAUUAACAAAUAAUCAAACUUUAAGACAUCCAUUACGUCACUAAAAGAUGACGUCAUUUGUGUGAACGAUAUUAAUACGCUCGUAAAUUUGAGGCAGCGAAAUACAAAGAGGCGCUGGUGGUAUAGAAGGUGGGGUAAAUUUUAUUUCUCCGUUUAUAUACAAAAGCGAAGAUCAAAUUUAUUAAAACAGCGAAGAAAAUGAAAUUAGCAGCAAAACGAAAGUCGUGAAAACUAUACUUGAAUAAAAGUGAAGGAAUUCAACUUUAUUUUUUUAUUCGUGCGCGGUGGACACUGCUUACACGGGUGUUCCGAAAGCGUGGCUGUCAAAUCCGCGAAAGUGGCCAUAGUUGGUAAGGACGUACCGCGCAUUCUGUGUGUAUAGAGUUGAUUUAAGAAAGUAGAGAAGAAGAUUCGAUAGCGGAUAUCUCGAUCAUUUAACUGUAGAACAGCUCGUCGCGCACCAAUAGCCGGUUUCCUACUUUAAACAUGGGUCUGUACUCAAUAGACAAGUAGUAGCGUUCCAAGAGAAUAACUGUCAAAGGCGGAGCGAAAAGAUUUAUGAAAUAGCGGUGGAAAAUAUGAGUGAUAGUUCAGCUGGUGUUGCGGCAAUUAACGAGCGUGACGAAUAUUUCGAGGUUUUCGGUCUGAAAUUUAUAACCCGCGCAAGCAGGAAAGGUUAACGUCCGAUAGUGACGAGUUCUUAUCAGAUAAUUAGUUUGCUAGCAUCGUAUGAAGGAAUAUCUUCGUAAACAUCCCACUGUUGUCCAGGAAAGGCCAAAAUGGUAGACGCUGUUUGCGGUACAUGCCAAAUCGCCAUAAGAGAGUAGAAUAUUCGUGUUUAAAUAUCAACUAACCAUGUUCCUACACCGCUUGCUGGUUCCCCUUUUAUUCAUUCAUUCAAUAAGAUGUCAGUUACCACCGGGAGUUACGCUACAGAGCAACCGCCGUGUCCCACAAAUUGCCCCACGCAACCCAAGCGGUCGAACCACCAACCCACAAAGUUCUCAAACGUCACAAUCAAGACCUACAACCGGUUUUAGCCAGUUUGCCCCGAACCCGGUUAUGUUCAACUCAGUUUUCUCCCGACUUAGCAUACUGGAGAACGAGUUGCGAAGGGUAACGGCCACCAUUGGGAAUAAUCUACGGGUAACGUUGACAAGCACGAUGGUUGAACGGAUAGGACGUGUCCAGCAAGAUAUAGAUGCGAACGAAAUGCGAUUAAAGCAGAAUAAAGCUAUCAUAGAUAAUCUGAACAUAGAAAUAUCAUAUUUAAAGAACAGCAACGAUCAUAUGCAACGUAGAUUGAACAGAGUAGAAGAAAUGCAAGCUGAGCAAGGUAGUUCAAUCAACGAACUUGUGACAGCAAUGCAAUCUGUUGGUAACGGCACAAUAUCGCCCGUCAGUGGUGUAACUUCAUCGGGGGAUGCAACUAUAUCUCGAGACCGCCACCACCCAACCAGCGACCCCAAGGUUGCUUCUAUGCUUCAGCACAUCGGGCAGAGAAUGAACGAAACCGAAACCAUCAUUUCCAACUACGACACUUACUUUCAAUCGUUUGCAUCGAGUAUUGACGCUUUGAAUAGAGAGGCGCAUAUGUUGAGGGCUGAUGCGGAGUCACGCACAUUAGCGUUGGGAGAAGUGAGUGAGACGGUCUACAACAUGCAAAGUGACGUGGAGCUACUAAAAUCAAGCGAAGAAGCUUCUCCUGAAGAUGCUUACGACUCCGAGAUGGUUGCAGGUGAUUUCCCCUUGUCGAUCGAAGACCUCAGUGACGCAAUAAGAGCCAUUGAAUCGAAACAGACCACCAUGAACUUGACGAUUCAGAAUAUGACUUCGGCACUUGGUAGAACCUCCACAUCUCAAGGUUCUCAUCCAGCUGUACCUAACCCACCCACUUUGAACGGAGAUGAUUUGAAUAUCUUUAUGGACGUUGCAAGAUCAGUGGCGACGUUGGAAGAAUCUAUUAAACAAGUAGAAGAAACGCAGCGCAUAACUAACGGUCAAGUUAAUCUACGAAUUGAAGGAGUAGCAACAGAAGUUCAGAACUCCAUAAGAGACAGAAGGAAUGAUUUUUCUACGAUUGAACAGCAGUUACUUCAACUCAACCAAACUACAGAAAAGUAUGAAGCAUUUUUUAACCAAUUCGGUACCGAUGUUCCUCUUGGCCCAAAUCCCGAGUUUCUUUCUGAUUUUCCAACGGGUUCGUUCCCAUCUACUGAAGGUAUCCCAAACUCUUCUAACGCGCAGCUUUCCGCUCAAACUACGAACUACACAGACGAGUAUCACUCUAAAAACAUCAGCUACCAGCAACCAGAAUUUGUGCAGCAAGGUCUCAGCAAAAUUGGUGGGCUUGAAAACACGUUGAACCAACUUCGUACGGAAUUUGUUUCCUCGCUAGAAACGGAGAGAAAUCGUAUAAAUAACAUUGAAAAUCAAAUAAACGGUGACACUCCAGUAGUUCCUAAUGGAAGAGUUGCAAAUGUGCUUUUAAGUCCUAAUGCACAUGAGAUGGAACAACUUAAAGUUGACGUAUCGGCGUUAAAUUCUAGCGUGGCUUUCCAAGCUUCCAUGUUAAGCCAAGGAAUACGAGAGAUUGGAAAUUAUGAGUUGCGUUUAAGAGCAAGAGAAGCUGAAGAUCAAACAAGGAUAGCUGAGUUUAAUGACAUGAAGAGAUUGUUGGUAAACGCAACUGAAUCUCUUUCUAUGAUGAGUUUAUCAAUUGCUGAGCAUGAGUUGAUUAUACCAAGCAUAUUUGAAAGUUUAAAAACAAGCGAUGAUAUUUUAUUAGACCUCAGUUCCCAAGUCUACUCACUUGAUGGGGCCAUUCAGGUUUUGAAUCGAUCUUCAUCUUCAGCAAUCUCCCAACCUCCUGAGGUUGAUCCUUUGCUUCCAGAAGGAGCUGAAAUUGAAAGAAGAAAUUUUGCUACAAUAUCCGAACUUCAUAGUUUGGAGCAGACCAUAGUUGCCAUGGUGACUCGAAGUGAUGUUGCUCAGAAGAAUAUUCAGAUGUUGAACUCUCAAGUAUCCUCUCUUCUCUCCACUUCUAAGGCAUCAAGGAUGUCUAAACUAAACUCUUCUGUGAUUGAAAUAUCAAACCAAGUCAGUGGAAUGCAAGAUAUGUUAGGUUUCCAGCAAAGUGAGAUUUCACGUUUAUCUCUUGGAGUUGAGAGUUUAACUCAAGUUUUAAACGAGAACACGCCAUCUUUAACCAACACAAGGUCCCCAGUAAAUAUUACUGAUGACUCUGCCAUUAUAACUUUAUUGGAAAGCAGUUUAAAGGAGUUACGAACACAAGUGACGGAGCAUAGAAGAUGGUUGGGAAACCAAAGGCGUCGUAUUAGACACUUAGAAGGAAUGAGUAUUGAAUCGUUUGCUCGAACAUCAGACGUCUUGUCUCUUAAUGCAUCGCUAUCUGCAGAGAUGGAUUCCACCAAUGCAGUUGUGGAAACAAUGUCUUCACAAUUAUCAGUUCUUACUGAACAAAUAAAUGGAGGCGUUUCACAACUUGGAAGUCAAGACUUAAAAGACAGCAACAACUCCCAGUUAAAUUUAAGUCUCAUCGAUAUUUCCAUCAUUCAAAGAAAGCUUUCUAAUAUUUCAAAGUUACUUCAGCCGUUAAACAUCCCAACCAUAAACACAACAUACGAAGAUAUUCUGAUCCAACAAAACCAGAUGUUUGAAGAUCUAAGGUCAAUUCCUUCAGCUUUGAGGGUGUUAGAGUCACAGAUACAUUCCUUCCAAGAACCCAUACAAUCCAUCGCAAAGUUAAACAGCAGAGUUGAAACACUGAAUGGAAUGCGAAACUUAGUGUUUCAAAAUGCUGGAGACAUCACCACCUUCCAUAGGAUAGUUGCUAACCUUGAGAAAGAUAUUCAAGCUGUUUCAAGAUCAAUUGCUGGGGUUGGAUAUAGACAAGAUAGAAUUGAUUCCUACCAUGCUGAUUUCAGGAACCAGCUAAACCACACGAAAACCAAGAUCGACCAAACAGAUGAUCGAGCUGUGAUCCUAAGGCGUAGAAUGGAUGUGUUGGAGCAAUAUUCAUCUCGUAACUAUACCAGCACUACCGGUCUUAUCACAUCCUUACAAACACAAGUUAAUGAUGUUCAUACAUCAGCUCAAAGUUUAAAUGAUCUUCUUGUAAACAUGGAUGGUAGGAUGCAGACACAGGACUCUGAAAAUCUACAGUUUCAUAAUGAAAUGGAAACCAGAGCUCUGAGAACGGAAAAACGAAUUGAGGACCUAACCAGGGCUUCUUCUCGCCAUGAUGGAGACCUUUCUGGGCUAAGACAAGAAAUAAAUGAAGAAAGUAAUCAUAGAGAGAGUGAAGAUAGAAGCUUGAGGACUUCUCUUGAUAACAUGCAAGGAUCAAUGGAAGCAAUGGAGGGAAACGUGGUUGAGAUUCGACAAACUGGUGCGGUGACAAAUCAACAAGUUACUGCUAUGCAGGAAAUUCAAUCAAGAAAUGCAGCUGAAUCCACAAGAAUAUCCGGCCAACUGUCAACCACUGACAACACAUUACGUGCAUUAUCUAUUGCUGUGGAUGGUUUGGAAAGUUCCUCUUCUGCACAAAACGAUCGUUUAGGAAACUUUGAUGGUGAAAUAAAUGCAGUGAAACAGUCGAUUGCCGCUCAGGCGAAUAGCAUGCAGUCGACGCGACAAAGUGUUGUAACAAUUAAUGAUCAACUGAAUGCUGUAGACCAAAGAGUCCAGAGGUUUGAAUUAUUUGUGUUGAGAGCUGAACAAACGAUCAACAAACACAGAUCUGACAUUACGUUUAUUCUCGAUAAUUCAGCCAAUCAUACGGUCGCGAUUGAACGAUUGAAACAAAGGAUUGGAUUUAAUCCACAAGAAUCGUUUUCCAACCUCACAAAUGAAAUAUUGUCGGAGGUCGAACUAUUAGACCAAGAAAUGCAAACCAUAGCAAGUGAAUUGAACAUAGUUAAACGACAAAGUGGGAUCCGAGAUAGCUCGGUGGUUAGGAUGGAAGAAAGGCUAACAGAGGUGGCCACAAGAUCAACAGACAACCUUUCCAAACUAAAUUCACACAGAUCAUCCAUUGAUAGAAUAAGCAACAACCUAAAUCGACAUUCCGAUCAAAUAUAUGAUUUUGAGUUGACUUUAAAUGACCAGAGAGCUGCCAAUAAUGAUCUGCAACAGGUUGUAGCAUCCAACCGAGACAGCCUUGCUUUGCUUGGUAACGUUCAAACAACAUUUGAUCGAAUGAGUGAAAGAUUAACAGAUGCUAUCACAAGGCAAAGCAAUAAAACUCGAUCUAUGGAAACAUCUGUUAAUUCUAUGAAGCAAAAGGUAUCAGAAGUACAAUAUGCGGUAAAAGAUCACGAUCGUCAAAUAAACUUGUUGCGGAAAAGUGGCAUUAGUCUCCAAACAGACAUCGACCAAAUCUUCCGAUCAUCUGCCACCAUGGAACAAGUGUUGCGCAGUGCUGUUUCAAAUAUUACCUUGAUUAAUAGAAACUUAAACUCAGCUGGAAACACUGGAAGCUCACUUCAAGCAUUAGAACAAAGACUAAAUGAUCUUCAGUUUGAGAUGCAAGGAUCCUCACAAGUCGUCACAACAAACGAAAACAAGAUCUCUCACAUCCAAGGAGUUAUUGAUCAACUCAGCUCUUCUGUGACCCAAGUCCUCGGAGCAAUGGAGGAGUGGGAGAGGGGGAAGAGACUCCGGGAGCAAGUGAGGAGCAGGGAGAUGCAGGAGAUGAGAAAUGAGAUUGAACACAGCGGGUAUCUUGCUUCACUGAUCAGAUCUUUACAGAGAGAGCUUCAACACCACAACCAACGACUUCAUGUUUUGAACCAACGUUUGAUUGACAGCGGAAGCAGAAGAAGUUCUAAAGACUCCACAGUUAAACAGAAUGAAGAUAGCAGGGAAGAUGUUCUAACUGCUUCAGGUUGGAUACCAGAAACAACAACAACAACAACAACAACAACUGUGGAUCCAAACAACCAAUCUGAGUUGAACAACUUGUUGAAACCUUUGUUGAUUCAGUUAUCAACAACCAACAAAAGUUUAGUUGAUUUGGAAGAAAGAUUAAAUCAACAACAACAGAAUUUUAAUUCAACAACAAAACAGUUUCAACGGAGAUUUGUGACUUUGAGUGACAGCCACACAAACACGCACACAGGAGUUCUCAAAAUUCUUUCUUCGCUUGAAAUAGAGUUAUCUAAUGUAACUUCCCGGUUGAAUGGUUUUAGUUUAUUAACCAAUCAGCACCAAGCUAUGAUUGACCAAUCAGAGGAAAGAAUCAUAAAUGCAACAAAUCUUGGGGAGUUAGCGAUUAGGAGUUGUAACAAAGUUAACAUGACUACCAUGGUGGAAAUAUCAAAGUUAGAAGUGCUCCUGGCUAACAGGUAUGUGAUGUACCUUAAGGGGUAA